GUCAAUGAGUAGCUAUGGCAAGUGGUGCGGAAAGUUGUUGAGGUUUGGGUACUGCUUUGAGCACCAGAAGCCUCAGGUUUGGACUCUCCACUCUCUCCCCUUCCCAUCUCUCAACUCAAGUCCGGAUAUCCGUUAAUCCCCAACCAUCUCCGAACCAAUUUUCCGAACCACCGAAAUUUUAAGAAAAAAAAAUGAGCGCUAGGGUUCCGGUGCAGCAACACUACAAUCUCAACUCCCCUACUUCCUUCAUCGACAGCCCUCUCCACGUUCUCAACGCCGUCGACGCGAGAACCGCCGCCUCCGCCAUCGACGACAUCUCCGCCUCCAACGACCACGAUGCCUCCGUCGAUUGCAUGAAUGAAUCCCAUGGAAACUGUUUACCACUACACAGUGUAGAAGUCGACGAAGAUCGCUCCAGUCUUGAAACAAGCGAAUCUUCUAGAGGACUUUAUGAUAUCAAUGUCAUUACCGUUGACGAUGUUUCGCCGAUUGAAUCGGCUAGGGCGAGGUUUAUUCAAAUUGUGAUGGACCAUUUUAUCGAAGAUCGCGUGAUUGAAGUGCUUGAUUCUGAAGUUGAUUAUGGUGAUCAAGAUAAAAUGAACAAGAGAAGGACUAGAGAGAUUCGGUAUGAAGGAGACCCGAAUUUUGCUCUGCCUUUGAUGUAUGUAGCAAAUAUGUAUGAGAGUUUAGUUAAUGAAGUUAAUAUUAGACUUGCUUCCUUGAGUGGUAUUCGUGAUAAGUCCAUUGGUGUUGCUCUCGAAGCUGCUGGUGGUUUGUAUAGAAGACUCGCCAAGAAAUUUCCUAAAAAAGGACCAUGUAUAUAUAAGAGAAGAGAAUUAGCAACUUCAAUGGAGACGAGGACUAGGUUUCCGGAACUAGUUAUACAAGAAGAAAAGCGUGUUCGCUUUGUGGUAGUUAAUGGAUUAAAAAUUGUUGAAAAUCCGAAUUCAGUACCUAUUGAUGAGGCUGAGUGGUUUAAACGAUUGACAGGUCGGAAUGAAGUAGCAAUCUCAGCUAACGAUUACAAAUUUUACUCUCCAAGACAUAAGUAUAGGCGUGGUACAUCAAUUUCACUUCCAAAUAUCCAAGAUAUCCCUAGUUAUUCUGGAGCAGAAAGUUCUACGACAAUGACUACUACUCAAGGAUUUCGCACACAGCAAACCCCAAACAAACAUCACUUGCAAUCACUGGCACAUCAACCUCAGUUUCACCCUGUUCUCCAGAGCAAUCAAAUUAUGCACCAAAGUCAGCAUGCAGGGCCCUAUUCUCAUAACCAUCAAAAUGGUUCCCCUUCACACCUAUCUGAAAUUUCUCAUUCUCACCAGCCAUCAAUAUCUCAACACAUGAGUUGCUUACAAUCACUCACAGGUGGCCAUGUUGGAGGACGCAUGCACAUGCUGCCACCAAGUCCUGCGAAGUUUUGCGACGAAUGUGGGGCUCCAUAUUUGAGGGAAACGUCCAAGUUUUGCUCCGAGUGUGGUUCAAAGCGGCUAGGAACUUGACAGAUUUGUACAGGCCUAAAUAGUCUAUCCCCAUUUUGGGAUUUGCCCUCACCAUUCUUCUGACCACAACUGUAUUUAAUUUUUUUACUAUAUGGCUAAUUUUACAUAGUUUCUUACGGUUUUAGAAAUGCAUUUAGGAUUAAUAGAGUGCAAUUUUGACUUGAAAUGUGUAGCCUGUGCAAAUUACUGUAAAUAAACUCAAUCGGGUUUGCAUUUGUGCAAGCUUUGUGAAUACAGAACUUCAAGAAGUUGAAAGCCUGAAAAUAUUUAACAUUU